AUGGAAUUAGAAGAGUAUUUUAAAAAUUUGGCACGAAAGGUAAAUAUCUCGGAUAUAGCAUCUUAUGAAUUUUCGCUGGCUUUGGAUGAAGAUGAUUCAUUGAAAUUCUUGAGAAAUGAAUUCCAUUAUCCGAAAAUGAAAUCCUUGCCUUAUGUCGAUCCUUCGCUAGUGAACCUACAAGAUUCUUGCAUAUAUCUUUGUGGUAAUUCUUUGGGUUUAAUGCCGAAAUGCACAAAAAACUUCGUGGAAGUGCAGUUGCAGAAGUGGGCUGAACUAGGUGUUUUGGGUCAUACAGAGGAACCUCUUCCGUGGGCUCACAGUGAUGAAUAUGUCGCUGAAGCUAUUGCAAAAUUGGUUGGAGCCGAUGCAAGUGAAGUUAUAUGCAUGAAUAGCUUGACUGUCAAUCUGCAUACUGCGUUCUACCAACCCUCACCUGCUAGGCAUAAAAUAUUGAUCGAAUCUCGUUCAUUUCCAUCUGACCAUUAUGCUAUCGAAUCACAAAUUCAGUUAAAAGGUGGUAAGGUUGAAGAAUCCUUGGUGUGCAUGGAACCAAGAGAGGGCGAAGAGUGUUUACGAAUCGAGGAUGUGCUAUCGUUCAUUGAAAACCACGGAGAAUCAGUGUCAAUUAUUUUCUUCAGUGGCAUCCAAUAUUAUACCGGUCAAUUGUUCGAUAUGAACACUAUAACGGCGGCGGUCGGUUGGAAUUUGGCUCAUGCUUUUGGAAAUAUUCCUUUAGCUCUGCACGAUUGGGAUGUCGAUUUCGCAGUUUGGUGUACCUACAAGUAUGGAAAUUCGAGUGCAGGAGGAAUUGGAGGAGCUUUUGUUCAUAAGAGGUAUGGAAAAGACAAAAGACAAAGAAUGCUUGGCUGGUGGGCUCAUCGAGCUUCCACUCGUUUUCUAAUGGAUAACAAGUUGGAUUUGGACGAUGGUGCUGCUGGUUAUCGUAUUAGCAAUCCACCAAUGAUGUUAAUUGCACCAAUUUUGGGUUCCCUUCAAGUUUUCGCGAUGACAACGAUGGAAGAACUUCGAUCUAAGUCAAUAAAACUGACAGGUUAUUUAGAAUUUCUCAUUAAUCAUUUCUUAAACACGAAAUCUUCAAGCAAACAAUCUAAACAAACUAAGAUAAAAUGUACAAUUAUAACACCUAAAAGAGUAGAAGAACGUGGCUGCCAACUUUCGUUGAAAUUUAAUGCAGACAUUGAAUCCAUUUAUCAGCAAUUAAGCAAAAGAGGUGUUGUGGUUGACAAACGACAUCCAAAUGUCAUCAGAGUCGCUCCUACCCACCUUUAUAACAAUUUUAAUGAUGUUUAUCGAUUUACAAGAGCAUUAGUCGAUUCAUUAGAUGUUCUUGAAAAUCAGCAUGGAAAUGAAAAUUUAGCUUGA